CCCCGGCAUCGGAAGCCAAGCGAGAGCACCACCACCACCACCACCACCACCAGCCGCAGCAGCUUUUCGAUCGCGGCAAGAAUGGGCGGGUGCUUCUCGUCGGGGUCGGCGGGCGAGGACGCGGCCGGCGGCGGCGAGAGGAGGGUGAGGGUGAGGCCCAGCGACGAGGACGGCGGCCGGUGGCCGUACGUCGGCGAGCGGGACGUGGACAACAAGGCGUCCAUCUUCAUCGCCAACUUCCACCGCCACCAGUCCGGCGUCUGCGACUGCCCCGACCAGCAGCAGACGCCGGCCGCCGCCGCCGCUAGCUAGCUAGCUGCAAUCGGGCGAGCACGAGCCACCGUGCAAAACUGCAAGGUGCAAUCAAUUCAAGCAAGGCUUCCGAGAUGAAGAAGAUCGAGUACGAGCAGUGUCUUGGUUUUGGUCGAAAUCGCUUCCCAGUUCUUUCCUCUGCCGCUUCCUUCCAUUCCAUUCCUGUAGGAUGAUGAGUCGAGCUCAGUAGCUGCUAAUGAAUAAUCGAGGGGGGGGGGGGGGGGGUCGUUCUAGAGUAUGCUGUAGCAUGUAAAUUUGUUCGAUAUAUAUACAUAUGUGAAGAUCAGAGAGUAUAUAUAUGUGCGCUUGCUUUUCGAAUC